GACGCGAUAGAAAAAUUUAAUAAAUUGCAAUGACAACAAGCUAAACUAUUACAAAAGAAAGUGCUCAUUGCUGUAAUAUUAAUGUAAUCAAUUUCGAACAUACCCUGUAAAUGCGUUUAGUUUGGGUCAAAAACUUUAAAAUAAAAAUAACGCUGUCAGCAAUUGUCAAAUUAAUUGAUAACAUUUAGCAAUAACUAAACGUUUUCAAAGUCGAUUAUUUAUUUUUGUGUCAUAAAACUCAUAAAUAUUUUGAUUUUAUGUAUUUAUUUCGCAUAUAAUAUCAUAAAUGUAAGGUGAACCUUGAAAGACUAUGAUGGCGGGUACUAAACUCGAUGUGAUUUGGUCCCCUGUUCAUUUUGAUAAAUUUAUAAUAUGGGGUCCAGACAUAACCUUAUACGAAGUUGCUCGUUUAAAAGAUAUCGAGAAAAAAACUGCAUACACUCAGAUAUCCUCAACCCGCGGUGCAACUGUGCUUGCAUCGCAGAGUGCGAGCGGCGUGCGUUGCGUGGACAUCAGUGCCAUCACAGAGCAGCCAGAUCCGCUGCUGGCCCUCGGACACUCCAACGGCAGAGUCUCUCUUACCAGCCUCAAGCAGACCUAUGAUCCUUUAGGACUUGUUGGCAGGGAAUUUGUCCCUAGAUACCCACGGCUUUGCAACUCAGUAUCAUGGAGCCACGUGGAGACAAACCUGCUGAGUGUAGCGCUAGAGAAGCAUCGGAGCGACCACUGUAUACUCGUGUGGGAUGUCAACCGCGGCUUGCUGCCAGAGGAAUCAUCAAUGGAGGUAGCCUCACCGUCCACAUCUUCAGAGCCACCGAGGCCUAUUGCGGAGAUGGGCCUCUCGGAGACGUGCCACAAUGUCUCCUGGACCAACUCUCCCGACAGAACACUCCUGGCUUCCAUGAACAUGAAGUACAUCAAAAUAUUUGAUCUUAGAGACUUAUCAAACAAAGCAGUAAUGGUAACAACGACUCGCCACUGCUACGGCGCGUGCGCGGACCCGUUCAGCCCGUGGCAACUGGCGUCCCGUGGAGACGGCUGCGUGUGUGUGUGGGACGCCAGGGCCUUCGACCGGCCGCUGCUGACGCUGACUGUGCCGUCGGCGACUAAGAUCCAGUGGUGUCCUACACGACGAAACCUGCUAAUGUCGCUCCAGAGAGACUCAACCACUCUCCGACUGCACGACAUACAGCAAGCUAACAAUGACUACAAGAAUGGACAGACCACUGACUUGCAAGCCCCCGCGAUGGCCGUGGAAGCGGAGUUAGAAGAGUACAGCCGGGGCGUGUCGGUGAUAGAGCGAGACGUCACACCCGGCUGCGGGACGCUAUCCAGCUUCAGCUGGCAUCCUGCUCACGCCGUUAGAACACUUUGUGUCGCGCCAGGUACGAUAACGGACUACACAGUGUGUGAGCGCGUCACUUGCUCGUGGGGCUCCGGGCUGGCGUGGUCGGCCGGCGGCGGCGCGCUCAAGCUGAUGAAGGAAGACUUCUACGAGGCCAUAGAUGACAUCUCCUUCAAGAUGAAGAAACGAGCGCUCACAGACUAUGGACUCAAGCCCGACAUGUGGCAGAACGCAGACUUAGCCGACGACGAGGCUCUAGGCGGGCUGUGGCAUUUCCUGGCUCUCAGCAAAUCUCUCGUAGAAGAUGGUUGCAUACGAAAUAGUCCUUGGCGUCACCCUGGAGUGUGCACAGUGCUUCGCGCGCCCGGAGACGGCGGCUAUCGGUCUGAACUGGUGCCCUCACUGUUGCCUGACCUACCCAGCCGACGUGUCACACUGUAUAGGAGCGCAGAGCGGACUCGAGCGUUACAGCUGUGCGGCUGGGGCUGGGGCUGGGAGAACGCCGGGGCUGGUGUAGAGCGCGCCGAGGCGGAGGGCACGCCGUGCCGCGCCGCCGCGCUGGCCGCCUUCCACCUGCGCCUGCGCACCGCGCUCGAUAUACUAGCCAGGGCGGCCUCCCCGCAGCUUCGCGUGGUGGCGCUAGCGCUCGCCGGGCUGAGCGAGGAGCGGCUGUGGCGCGAGUCGCUGUCGGCGGCGGCGCCGGCGCUGCCGGACGCGUACCUGCGCGCGCUGCUGCACUUCCUGGCCGCCUCCGCCUCCGCGCAGCAGCCCGCCAAGCCGCAGGACCUGUGGCCGGUGCUGAACGAAACAGAGAUGCGGCUAGAAGAUCGCGUGGCGUUCGCCUGCAUGUACCUGUCAGAUGUGAAGCUACACGAGUACAUACAGCAAAGCGCAGAGCAACUCGUGCAGAGGGGCGACCUGGCCGGAAUCCUGCUUACUGGUAUGAGUCCCCCCGGCGUGACGCUGCUCCAGCACUGGCUGGAGAACACGGGAGACGUGCAGUCAGCCGCACUGCUCGCUGCGCGCUGUCUGCCCGCCGACCUCGUGCCUGCUGCGUGGCUCGACAGUUACCGCUGCAUCCUGGACAGUUGGCAGCUCUGGUGGGCGCGCUGCGCGCUCGACACGUGGGUCUCGCAGAAUGAUUCUAAUGCAGAGGGCGUCCCUAGACAGGUGUCGGUGGCGUGCACGUACUGCGGCAAGUCCGUGGCGGCGCCCGCCGGCCAGCACCGGCCGCGGCCCGCCUUCGCCAGGCUGCCGCCGCCCGCUGCCAAGAUGAAGCAAAUCUCAUCAUGUCCGAACUGCCGCAAGCCGCUGCCUCGCUGCGGCGUGUGCCUGCUGCACCUGGGCACGGGCGCCGCGGGCGGGGGCGGGGGCGGGCGCGGGCGCGGGGGCGCCGGCGCCAGCUUCGCGGGCUGGUUCUCGUGGUGCGUGGCCUGCAGGCACGGCGGACACGCGCACCACAUGGCCGGCUGGUUCAAAGAACAUUCAGAAUGUCCGGUGAGCUCUUGUUCGUGCCGCUGCAGCUCGCUCGACGCGCCCGACCGACACUAGCCGAGGAGCCUUCGUGACGUGACGGUACCCGUUUCAUGAAAACGGCCAAA